AUGCGAGAUGAUUUAUUUACCUCUGAAGAACCUGGAGUACUAGUACCUGAGUCACAGAGAGAUGACCCCGAAGAUGUCAUUCAGAAUCGUGAAGACGAACCACUACUUCACGCACCCGAUGAGGAUACAUGGAAACCUCCACGGGGGUUCACAUGGAUCCAGCUAGCUAUCAUGUCCAACGUCUUUCUUUAUGGGCUCGACAGUACAAUCACUGCUGCUACAUAUGCGGUCAUCAGCUCUGAGUUUGAUGCGGCUAACACAGCUUCAUGGUUGACUACUUCAUAUCUUAUCACAAGCACGGCGUUUCAGCCACUCUAUGGAAGAGUGUCUGAUAUCUUUGGUCGACGUCUGUGCUUCUUCAUCUCGACCGUCACCUUUGCUCUUGGAUGCCUUGGGUGCGGUCUUGCGAGCAACGUGAUUUUUCUCAACGUCAUGAGGGCGUUGACCGGCUUUGGUGGAGGAGGCCUGAUGACAAUGGCCACUAUCGUCAAUUCAGAUAUGAUACCAUUCCGUAAACGUGGAAUGUAUCAAGCCCUUCAGAACGGCAUCUAUGGGUUUGGAGCCAUCUCUGGAGCCUGCUUUGGAGGCUCGAUUGCAGAUCAUAUCGGAUGGCGAUGGUGUUUCCUGCUUCAAGUCCCGGUCUCGAUUGCAGCCUUUAUCGUUGGAGCUUUGGCUAUCUCUGACCAAACCACAUAUUUCGUAUCUGAAAACAACCUGGGUGCCGUCUGGAAGAGGGUUGACUUUACCGGUUCUCUACUGAUGGUCAUGUCAGUCUCUGUUCAACUCUUGGGACUAAGUCUCGGAGGCAAUGAGCUACCUUGGAGCAGUCCUUGGGUCGUUGGAUGUUUGAUCGGUAGCAUCGCUUUAUUCGCAUUGUUUUUUCUUGUCGAGGCAAGGACGGGUGCUAUUCCAGUAAUACCUCUCCGUUUGCUACAAGGAAGGCUCCCUAUUUCGACGCAGAUUGCAAAUGUCUGCGCAGGUAUGGCCGCUUAUGGAUACCUGUUCAUGCUCCCGCUCUUCUUCCAAGUUGUUCUUCUUGACUCAGCUACCACCGCCGGAGCCCGGCUUGCAAUUCCAUCUCUGGCAACCCCAAUCGGCGGUGUUAUCGCUGGUGUCGUAAUGUCUCGCUGGGGAAAAUUACUCACUCUUGUGCGCAUUGGAGCUUUCAUGAUGGUAUUAGGGAAUGGCUUAGUAGCUUCGUUACAGUUCCAUGACUCAAAGUGGAAGUACUUUAUUUAUGUCUUUCCAGCGAACCUUGGCCAGGGUAUGAUCUAUCCCGGAAUUCUCUUUACUUCACUCGCUUCAUUCUCGCAUUCCGAUCAUGCAGUUACCGCCUCAACAGUGUAUCUUGUCCGUUCCAUGGGAACGGUUUGGGGCGUUUCUACCACUUCUGCCAUUGUGCAGACCACUCUCAGCACCCGCUUGCCGGAAGCAUUGACUGGCGUGCCAGAUAAAUGGAGCAUCAUCGAGCAAAUUCGACACUCGGUCGAUUACAUUCAUGAGCUCCCCUUAGACCUGCAACUCAAGGUUCGAUUAGUCUAUUAUGAUGGGAUCAGAUAUGCCUUUGGUGUCUCAACCGCCGUUGCUGUUAUAGGGUUCUGCGCCGCUUGCAUCGCUAGCGGAACCAGUCUUCGAACUACUCACAAUCACGAGAUUCUCAGCAACACCCAGUAUGGGGUCGCUACUAUCUGGCUCGUCGCUACCGUGGGAAAUAGCAGCCAGAAACGUCUGACUCGUAAAGCAAUCCAAGGCGUUGACGUUCCAAAGGCAUGCGAGACUAUCAUUGACCCAGGGGCCCCCUUGGCCUUACGCCUUCAGGGGAAUCUCCUUUAUGGAGUUUCUCGGGUCUAUUCUCAGCAAUGCCAUUAUGUUCUUUCAGAUGCUGAAAAGACACAAUCACACAUGAUGACAUUCUUUCGGGCCAUGAACACAAACGAAACAGACCCAAACGCGGGCAAGUCAAAGCGACACCAAAUUACCCUCCAAGACGAUUCAUCCUUUGAUCCUUUGUCCACUGUCCCAAAACUAGAUCUCUUGGCUAGUGUCGAUGAUUUGGUUUUCCUUUCAACUCAAUUGUCGACGCAGAACAAUGUCUCUCAAAUGACCCCCCUGACACAAGGUACAAGUUCUUCUGGCCGGGGUAACUCACUCUUGAACUUUGGUUUCCCGCAGUCUUCUCAAUCUGGUCGGAGCUAUCGUCUUCCAACUGACCUCGACCUCGAUUUGACGCAGCCAUUUCAUGCACAAGAUUCAUUCGAAGAAUUCAACCCUUUCGGGGAAGAUAUAGCAAAUAUUCCCGAUCUUGAUCUCAACUUCGAUAUUGACGGAAACCUCGUUGAUUUUGGCGAUCUCGAGCCAGAGCUUCCCGCUCUUCCUGGAACCGUAGCAUACGAAGAACAACUCCACAUCCAAGCAGCCAACGCAGCCAACAUUGGCUCUAACAAAGUGCACGACCCAGGUGACAACGUGAUCAUCAUGGGCGAGGAUCCUCUGCCUGACGCUGAACCAUUUCCCAAGCGACCAACUGCUAAACAGCCUACAUCUAACGGCGAACCAACCACUACAUCGACAACCGAGACUCUGGAAGUCAAGGCCCCUUUACGACGGGGAAGGCCACGACGGAAACACCAAAUGAUUGACAAGAAGGACUAUGUCCCUUCAGCUACGAUUCGAGGAUGGUAUUCGGCCUAUCCUGAAAGCAUGAAAGCUCUUCUCAAAUUACGCCCAGCAACUACGACAACCCAAGCCCGCCGCAACGCCAAAGCCUUCCUUUUCGGCAAUGGACUUGCUGGUGUCGCCAGAACUCCAUUAGGGAGGGCCCACCCUCUUGCUGGGACGUUUUCCGGUAUGGCCCUGUUGGCGCAGCUCCAGGGACGAGAUCCCGAACCAGAGCCAGAGCUUCAGUCUCGAGGUCGCCGUCGUACAUCGGCCGAAGCUUUUCCAGAUGAGCAAGAUGAAGAGCGAAACAUCCGUCAGAGAACUGGAAAUCAGAAUGAUGGCAACGAAUUAGGACGUGGUUAUGACAACAACGCGGGGGCAGUCAUAUUCGGCGAAGAUCUCGCCCCCGAGAUGGGGUUAGAUGCAGCAAAGGGUCUUGAAGACCGUCACUCAUCUUCCAUGGCUCCAUGGAGCCGUCCUCCCUCUAUCGCGCCUGGCUCAUCACUUCGAGGGCAGGGAAGUGUGCAGAAAAGGCUUCCUGCGCCAAGUCCCCUGCAUGGCCGCGGUAGUGUGGUUCGCUCUAUUGAGCGCUUCAGCGAUCUUCCUGACUUGCCUCACAAUUCCGACGACGUGGCAAUGUUGCACUCACAAGACUCUUCCAUGGGCGAUGAAGGGUUUAUGGGCGGAUUUGAUUUUACCAAUGGGAACGACACACAGAACUCCGGCGUUAUCGAUUCUUUUGCUCUUGAUUUUUUGGGUUACGCCACUGCUCGGGCACAGGAAAGGGGCUAUACUCGCCCCCAUGAUCGGACUGGCCGUCGCUGGAUUGACUUCCAUACACUCACCGAGGAGCUCGACGAUCCGGGCAGCACAAAGAAGUUUGUUUCAGAGGCGUUUAUGCAUGUUCUAGUUCUUGCCACCAAAACCGCUAUCGCCGUGGAGCAAGAAGGCAUUGCGAACAACCAACCUUUUGGUACUAUCCGCAUCGGACUCACUGUUUCCGAGCAAGGCGUCGAUGACAUGGUCGACGAGCUGGCGUAA